AUGAGUAUAAUCGAUAAGAUGAUCCAUGGGAUCCGCCAGGAUCAGGAGAUUAGGCCGUCAGGCUUCUGGGGUCCGGUCUGCGCGGACGAGGUGGCAAAGCGACGGAAGCGCGCCAUCGAGUCUACUCAAAAAAUUGAAGCUGCGGCAACCACGCCUGUACGGGACCACUGGGCCGAGGCGCCCCAAGUCGAGGAAAUGUGGCGCCAGAUGUCUGAUCUCAUCGAGUCGGGAAGAUGGACGAAAGUCCCUG